GGUUCCGGGUUCAAUUAAGUUUGAACCUAAAAUGCCCACAUCAAAAAUUGCACUAAACGUUAAAACGCAGCCCUCUUCUUUUAGUGACGGAAAGCUAAGUUCAAAUGCCUCUUUAGAUCCGAUACCUAUCGGAUCAAAAGAUCGUAAGUGGAAAUGGCCUUCCAUGGUUGGAUUUUGGAUUGCUGAAGCCUUUUCCAUUUCCAUGUACCAAGUGGCAUCAUCAGCUAUCGUAUCCGGCUUAUCACCAGGUUUAUCGAUUUUGGCCAUAUUUGUGGGGCACAUUAUCAUCUCCAUCCCAGCUAUGCUCAAUGCUUAUGUGGGAGCACAGAGGGGUAUUAAUUUCCCUAUUUCCAUGAGAUAUACUUUUGGAGUUUAUGGAGCUUAUUUUGGUGUUUUUGUACGAGGAUGCGUGGCUCUCUUGUGGUUUGGUACACAAACUUACCAGGGUGGGCAGGCUAUGGCUUUAAUGAUCUCAGCCAUAUGGCCUUCAUUCAAGCAUUUCCCCAAUGAGUUACCAGAAUCUGCUCACGUAACAUCUUCCGAAUUGCUUUGUUUCUUUAUCUUUCUUAUUGUGCAAAUGCCAGUUUUAUUUUUGACGGUGAACCAGCUAAGGUACUUGUUUUACAUCAAGAUUGUUUUCAUGCCUAUCUUUGGUCUUGCAUUAUUUGGAUGGGCUGUCUCUCUGGCCAAUGGGUUUGGACCUCUAUUUCACCAAGGGAAUCGAAUUACUGAUGGAACUCCAGUUGGAGUUGUGUUCUUCAGGUGCGUGAUCUCAGUCAUUAGUCCGAAGGCUACUUUGGCUUUGAAUAUAGCCGAUUUUACUCGUUUUGCAACCAAACCGAAGCAGGCUUUAUGGCCCCAAUUUGUGGGUCUUGUGGUACUCGUGUCAUUGUGUGGUAUAUUGGGAAUCGUGGUGACUUCUGCAGCGUAUGAAGUAUAUGGGGUUUUGACAUGGAAUCCAUUGGAAGUACUGGUUCUAUGGGAUAACCGUGCUGCACAAUUUUUUUCUGCUUUAAUGUGGUCCUUAGCAGUAAUCGGUACCAAUAUUUCAGCUAAUUCGGUUUCUUUUGCUAAUGAUUUAUCACUUUGCUUCCCCAAAGUUAUUAAUCCAAGAAGGGGUGCUCUCAUUUGCUGCGUGUUAUCUAUAUUGACAAAUCCUUGGCAGAUUCAAAAUAGUGCUGCAAGCUUCACAAAGUUUUUGGGCGGAUAUUCAAUAUUUUUGGCACCAAUUGCUUCAAUAAUGAUAGUAGACUACUACAUUCUAAGGAAGCAAGUUAUGGAUGUUCAUGGAUUAUACAUAUUGAACGGCCCUUACUAUUUCUUUAAAGGAUUCAAUAUUCCUGCCUUUAUUGCCUUUGUAUGUGGCAUUUCCCCAAAUUUACCUGGUUUGGCUUGGUCCAUUGGCAGCAAAAACAUUCCCAUUGGAGCUGUCUACUUAUAUAGUGUAAGCUAUAUUACGGGCUUUACAGUGUCAGGGAGUAUAUACUAUUGUAUUUGCAGGUAUAUUCCUAAGUUAUGGAUGGCAGAUAUUGAGACAGUAACGGACGAGAUUGUUAGUUUUGAGUGUUCUUCGAAUUCUGAUAUUACAAGGCCAGAAAAGAAUGUGGCUAGAUUUGAUGAAAAAGACUUUGACUAACGCCUAUUUAAUGAAAAUAAUAAUAGCUAGGGACUUAUUUAAUAAAGAUUAGAAGCCAGGGUUUACGAUAGGCUGC